GGCGGGGUUUAGCAGCUCGGUGGGAGUGGAGAUGAUGGAUCUCGAGUCACUGCGCUGUGAACGGUGUGCGGGACUGACUGUGGAAGCACCGGAUCCACGGUCGAGCGCCGAACAACUCUAAACAAGAUCCAAGGCUAAAAGACGCGUCAUUAACUCGCGGAGGAAGCGAGUAAAGCGCCGAGCUGCUGGAGUUUCCCCAUCUGUUUAUAUCAUUGAGACGAAACUGUGUGCUCUUUUUGGCACACGAGCCAGCAGCGGACAGUAGCUGAGAUCCCGUCUAUCAGCAUGCACUGAAACGCCAGAUCAGACUAAAUAAGAAGCCGCAAAACUCGGGAGUUUACUUUUCGUGUAUUUUUUGAAAGAGAAUCCAAAUGGAAUUGGACAGAUAUUUUUGGCAGUCCUGCGACUGACAGUUAAGCUUUGUUCCUGGACACUUUGAACAUGGAUUUAGGUCGGUAAAUUUCGGACAAAAACUGUUGCAUAUCCAAAGCUCAUCUCUAUGAUUUGGGAUCAAACGCGAAAGGAGUCUAGUUUUAAAUCUGACACAUGAUCAGGACCGGAUUUGUUCACACACCCGAACCCCAACACGGGAUUGAUGGUUCUUAUACCUGUGUUCAUGUCACUCACCCCCUAUCUGGCGCGAUUUGACCAUUUGUAAGGCUACUAGCUCACUAAUAGAUGAGUACAAUAAAACAGUCACGCGCUGCAGUCUACCUAAGUGCAAGGUAGCAGCGAUUUUGGUAAUAGAGAAACGUUGGCCCAGAAUCCGCCUGUGCAACGUUGUGCGACACCUUUUCCCCUCCAGGCAACGCUAGAAAAAUUGGAUUUGGAAGUUGAGCCAUGGAGCCCCUCCGCUUGGACGCCUAACCUACUCUUUUGCAUGUGGUUCGGUAACCCGGAGUACAGUCGAUCGAAAGAAGGAUCUUAUCUUCUUGCUAGCUUGUGUCUCUCUCCGAGAACCCUGUAAGAUGGCUAGAAGUGACGGCUCGUGGAAAUAUUACCUCUGGAUUCUGACAGCCAUGUGCAGAUAUGCGUUACCCGCAGCCAAAUCACUGGAGUCUGUCGUGUGGAAUUCACAAAAUCCCAAGUUUGUGUCUGGGAAGGGCUUGGUGAUCUACCCUGAGAUCGGUGACAAACUAGACAUUAUCUGCCCCAAAGGGGAAAUUGGGAGACCGUACGAGUUUUAUAAACUCUACCUGGUGAGGAAAGAGCAGGCAGAGUCCUGCAGCACCAUACUGGACCCCAAUGUUCUGGUGACCUGCAACAAACCAGAGAAAGACAUCAAAUUCACCAUCAAGUUCCAGGAAUUCAGUCCAAACUACAUGGGACUGGAAUUCAAACGCUUCACAAACUAUUACAUCACCUCAACUUCUAAUGGAACACAGGAAGGGUUGGAAAACAGAGAAGGUGGAGUUUGUAGCACAAGAUCCAUGAAGAUCAUCAUGAAAGUGGGCCAAGAUCCAAAUGCACCAGAUCCAGAUUUAACGGACCUCCCAGACAGGAACCAGGACAAUGAGAUCAAUAACCCCACAACCAGCCCUUCCCGCAAGAUAGACCGAGGCCGAGACGGAGACGGAGAUGGGAACGGACCCGUAAUGCCCGGCAGAGGCACGAGAAACCAGGAUAACAGUCCUGGUUCAGUAGAAGGGAUUUUUGGCUCUAAACCGGCUCUUUUUGCUGCCAUCGGAGCCGGCUGUGUCAUCUUCCUCCUCAUCAUCAUCAUCCUCAUCGUCUUGCUCCUCAAGCUUCGCAAGAGAACCCGCAAGCACUCGCAGCCCAGGGGCGGGACUGCCCUGUCACUCAGCACUCUGGCCACGCCCAAAGGAGCCGCCCAGGCUGGCUCAGAACCGAGUGACAUCAUCAUCCCCCUGCGGACAACAGAGAAUAACUACUGUCCACACUAUGAAAAAGUGAGUGGAGACUAUGGGCACCCCGUCUACAUAGUGCAGGAAAUGCCACCCCAGAGCCCCGCCAAUAUCUACUACAAAGUCUGAGAGAAAGAGAGCAAAGCAACCGCAAUAAGAACUUGUUUUGUAAGGUAUUCUGACUCUUUUUUUCAUUACCUAACCCCGUCUGCUCCGUGUGCGAGAGGAUGGAGAGGGAGAAGUGGAAAGGAGGAAUGAAAAAGACUACAUGGAUGAUAUUCCUCUCAGAUUUCCUUCCCUCCGUCCCUUUUCCGAACACUACACUGUGUGUAUGUGUGUGUGUGCCGGCCGCUCUCGAUGUGCGUGAAAUGGUAGAAAACCACCCCAAGUUGCGUGGCACUCAGGCACAGACUUCACUGCUGAAGAACAGCCGACAACCAAUCACAGAGGGACACUAGAGUGACAUCACAAAGCAGGAAGCUCUCAUUCGUGUGUGUUUUUGUACCUUUACAACUCUUCGCUUAGUUUUUGUCUCUUUUUCAUCUCUCACUCCGUGACAGUGUUUUGUUUUUAUCAGUAUCAACCCGAUUCUUGCAGCUUUCACAGUGUCUCGCUCAAAGAAAUGUCUUAAGCACUGUUACGAAUGCCGAUCUCUUUUUCACACACUCUGUAUGUCCUCUCAUCUCAUUUCCUAGCAUCUCUCCAGACACUCAUUCAUUUUACAUGCUGUAGAGGCAACUGAACAAAAACACACACUCACACUCAUACACACACUUUGGUGUUCACGGGUCAGUAACAAACAGCCUCUUGGUGGAAAAGUAAGUGAGUGAAAUAGGGAAUUUAAUAUGUAAACACCAGUGUCAGACCUUCCAGAGCUCCCAGUCUGCUCUUUGUUCAUUUACGAAACAUUUCAGUUGAAAUCCUCUCUCCUCUCAGCCGAACACAAGUAGAUAUUUGCUAUCUGUUGUCAGUGAUGCGUGAAGUGCUAAUAUUUGUAUUUUGCCAUUAUUAUUAUUUUUUUCUUAUUCUGUCUCCCAAAGGUUAGGUCAAAAAAAAAAAAUCUUUAGGGAUUUGCCUCUACACCAUGAGCCUAUGACCUCUUUUCAGUCACAAAACAUGCUAAUGCAUAUCUUUGCAUAAUUUAGUUCACUAACAUGUCUUUUUUUUGUGUAUAAUUCAUGUCUCGCUGUUUGGAUGUAGACAUGGACUCUAACCAGUAUGACCGUGUGUAUGUAGAGUCCAAUGCAGAAGCCAAAAAUCCAUUGACAUACAGAACAUGUGAAAUUAUGCCUUCACCUCUCCUUCCUCUCAGAUAUGCACAUAAAUUAUCCCUGUUUGCAUACAAACACAUACAGAAAAAAAAAACCUUAAUCAUCUAUGAAUCCUGGAAAAUCUAGUGCUAGAUCUAUUUUUAUAUGGACUGCACGUGAAAUGAUAAACAGUAAACAGUGGCGGCAGGUGUGUUUACGCCUAUGCUAAUUUAAAAUUAGCAGCAUUUGCAUCUAGCCUCCAGCGCAGCCAAUCAGAGGAAGCCCAAUAUUUCUCUGUAGCUUUCUCAUAAAAUAGAUUUUUGAAAUUAUAUUUCGUUUAAGAUUUAUUGCUGUUGUUUUUUGUUGUCGUUUCCUCUUAAUUUAGUUUCUAAGGCCCGAGAUUAUGUAAAUAAUGUAUGUUGGGAAAAAAUGUUGAAUAUAAAGUUCCAUUUUAUUAUAGACCCUGUUAAUUAAAAUAUAAUUAGGAUUUUUGAAAAUGCAAAAGCUUUUGUAAAUAGUUCUUUUUUGGAAAAAAAAAAAAAAAAAAGACAUUUUGUAAGUAAAAUGUUUCCUGUCUCAUGGUUUUCUCUUUUAUUUUAAAUUGUUUUUUUUUUUCGUUUCGGUUGGUUUUUGAUUAAGGAGACUUAGAGGUCCCUGUAGAACGGGUUUUUAAAGGUCAGCCUAAAGCUGCAAAAAGACAUGUAAGUCCCUUCACAUACACACACACACUUUAUCCUCCCUUUUACACAAGGGGAUGAUGGUAUUUUUGUUUUGUUUUGUUUCAAUUUUACAAAUGCUGUGAUGGAAUCAGGUCAAAUAUUCCAUGACAUGGUUCAAAUAGGAGGAAAAGAGGAGAGAGAGUUAUUACUCAAGAAAUGCUUAAACACACACACUUACUGACUGACCCACCAACCAACCAGUCAUUCUUAUAGCACACAAUAUACAUACAGUAUAUAUAAACACCAUUAGAUACAGGGAAAGCACCAGCAAACUACAUUAACAAAACUAAACCAGCAACAGCUUGUGCAACUAAACUGAAUAUUUAUGUAUGUUUGUCUGUGGUUUAUGGCAGAUCAGGUCUUUACAAUUGACAUUAGAAGAGCACUUUUUGAAAUUCAUGGCUUUAUUUUUACCAUUGAAAUGCAGGGGUGCACUGACCGCACCAGUCAGCUUGUGAAAUACUAGUCAAAGUAUCACACUGCAAAAAAAAAAAAAAAAAUUAAAAUUAAAAUAAAAUACAAAAAUACCCAAACUACCCAAAUCUCCCCAAAUGUCUACAAAAAAAAAAAAAAAAGAGAGAUAUGAAUUUUCUUUGUUUCAGAGAAAUACAACAGAUUUGAGUGAGAUUUAUUCUUAAAACAAGAAUAAAAAAUAAAAAAACAGUCAUAAAUAUUUAAAUAUUUUUAAUGGAAAAAAAGACCAACUAUAGAUUUUUCUUUUUUUUUUUGCAGUGAAUUAAAAGGUUAUCCCAAUUUUGGCAUCUCCGUACAUAAUUUAACAGCAAAAGCUGUGAAUAGUUUGUGUAGUUUUAUGGAUCAGCACUGCUGUAGUGUGAUCUUAUUUAGUGACUGACUGUCUUUAGCUGCAGGCUUUUUGCAGCUUAGCUUACACAUUUGGUUCGCGGCACUCUUAGCAGCUGUAAGGCAUACACUUCCUUUGACGUUUGUCUGUACCACCCACAACAAUAGAGUGAGGAAAAAGUCGGCCAUCUUGUUUAUCAGAAUAGGCUUUGAUUCCUCUCUAAUGCUGCAGUCAGACACCUGUGAUGUUGUGUGGAGCUUUCAGACAUCUGCUAAUAACAUUUCUCCCAGUGAAGUUGACUUAUUUGAGGAGAACUUAUUCAAAACUCAAGUAUUCACGCAAACAUACGCACACACUCUCAUACACACCCAACCCCCUAUCCUCCCCGGCAAAGAGACAGAUUGGUGGUGACUUUUAACCCUGUAAGGAUUAUCACAAUAUUAUGAGAGAGACAAAUCUAAUGAGAAAACCUUUUCCCUGGCCUAGAUCCAUCCCCAUUACACACAGUUCAUCCACUCUUUCACAAAAUUUACUUGUUCAUAGAGCGGGUCAAUGCAGUGCUGAGGCCUUAGGCCAACCACGACUCCCACAAAAAAUGUUCACAAAAAGCUUGUGCUGCACAAUGUUUCCUCCUGCUGUUGCUGAUUUUUUUUAUUAUUAUUAUUAUUAUUAUUAUUCAGUGAACUACAUUAUUAUUGUUAUCAUUUUCUUUUACUAAGAUUUUGUUGCAGAUUUCAGUAUUAUUGAUUUAAGUUUUGAUGUAUGUGUUGGCAGUGCUGACGCCCCUGUGGCAACAGCGUUUUUUUUUUUUUUUUUUUUUUUUUUUUUUUGGUAGAAUUCACACAGUGUCCUCAGAGUUCCCCGAUAUAUGACACUAAAGCCAAGUCUCAGCCCUCAGAAAGCGUUUUAAAAGGAUAAAUAAAGUUUUUUCCUAUGGAAGCUGCGUGUCUCUUGUGUUUCUGACUGCUUGUCUGUGUGAGAGACACAAUGAGAGAGAAUGAAUGAAUUUCAAGUGUUUGCAUGAGUGUUUGCAGCAGUCACUUUCUGUCCAGUGUACUCAUGCUAUAUGUCAGUUUUUCUAUCUCAAAUACACACAAACUGUGCUGCUAUUUCAAACAUAACAAGCUGUCUCAGCGAGUGACGUUCUCUGUGUCACAAAUAUUUCAUAAUGCCUCUGGGUAUCUGUCCCCGGCCACUCAAGACUCGCACACAAACACUUGUUUGACUUCAGCGCAUUAAAGUUUCAGUGAGUCUAUAGUCAGUCAGUGGCUGCAGUGCGAAAGCAUUCUGUCUCAUGUCUAAUGGUAUAUGUGGAAGAUUCUUCUGUUGUCUGCUAUCUUGAUCCAGGUUAGCAUUAUGCUAUAUAAAAACUUUUGAACCAUAUUUCUGAUUUAUCUUGCAAAUUUAGUUUUGUUUGACCAAAAAUUGUGACUUUUUAAAGGGAUUUUAAGGUUAUGAGAUUGUCAGAAGACUUUUGCCAAUGGUGAGAUUUAUUCAAAGAGCAGAAAUACCAGCCUAGGCUCAUUGGAAAUACAUGCUUGUGAUGACAUUUCUGCAAACUGAAAUUACAUUGCUUCUUGCAUGUUUCAAGUGAAAUGUCCAAUUAGCAGCGCUAAAAGCACAUUCGGUUUAAUCCGGAACAGACGAACAUGAAUCCGGCCAUGUUUUAUUAUGUUGGUUGUUGUACGCAUCACGGCAAUUUGAAAAUAAUGUCCCAGUGAGUGGCACUAAAAAGUUAGUCGCCAUGAAAUCGAAACUAUUUUUAUGGAAUAUUGCAGUACUUAUAUGAUUUAUCUGUGCACAUCAUUAAUUUUUCUAAAUCAUGUGCCCUUGUAAUCUUUAACCAAACUAACUUUAAACAACAACAUCCCUUCUCUGAUGACGUGUUUACUGACGCAAGGGCGGAACAACCUGUCACUCGCAUCUAAGUUGCUUCUACAAGUUUUUGAGCUCUUUUGUCAGGACUCGUACCCAAGCGCUCUGCAUUGGAAGUGCAACACUGUACCUGGUAAUCUACCAAGGAAGCUUAUACAUAAGCCAUAUAUAUGGAACUGGUUAUGUAAUGCAAAUGUUAAAAUAUAUCAGUUUACAAAUCA